GGAAAUAGAAAAGAAGACUAUCGCCGGCCGUUCAAUUUCCGGCGACGUAACAGAGUUUCGGAGUAUAAAUAACUUAAGCUCAAAUCUCGUUUACGAUGAGUGUCUCGCAGUUUCCGCCGCCUGCUUCUCCGGCGAGUUUAUCAUCAUCGAUGAGGCUAUGGAGACCAGCUGCUCAGCGGAAUCUUAGGAAUCAGUGGUCUAAACUGUCGAAUUGUCGACAACAGUGGAUCGUCGCUUGUUCUGCGGGAAGAUCUCACGCUACUUCGCUCGUCAAUUCGUAUUUAUCUCAAAAGUAUAUGCCAAUGAUGGAGCUUGGUGUGUUGAGUGACAUGUUUGAUAUUAAGAAGAAAGCUUUGAAGAAGCUGUUUAAGCAACAGAGUUCCUAUCGAAUCAAGCUUUUAUCGUCGUACAAGGAAAUGGUAGCUGUUGUUGUUGAGAUGGUAUAUGCAAGCAGAUCUCUGAGAUGUUAUACGAAACUAGGUACCGGGUCACUUGUACAGUUCUCUGGCUCUAAGGAAGAUUCAAGUGAUGCUGGAGAUUGUGGUGGCAUCCCUGUGUUUAAUUUUUGGAAUGUCUCUGCAUUUGAGAAGAUGGCUGGGGAGCUUGUGGAGAUGUUCAAACGCGAAGUAAUGGUAAAGAGAUUGCUCAUAAUGGAACUGAUCUCUUUAAGCACUGAAGUUCCUCAACCCGUCAACAACAGUUGGUCAGAUGAGCUUUACCAUGGGGAAUUUGAUCAUCUCACCAAAUGUUCUUUAUAUUCCAUGGAAGUAGCUGAGCCAGUUCUCCCCAGAGUGAAAGAAAAUAAUCUCGGUAUUUCUUCUAUAUCACAAACCAACCAGCCAACCGCAGAAAUUUUGCAGAUUUACUUGACAACUUGGCUUGCAGAGGUAAACAUUGACACUCAUAGGGUGGAUGAGAUAUUAGCUUUGGUCGGGGAAGAAACUAGAGUCACCUUCUAGAGCUCGAAAGCUGUUCAUAAGUUCAGCUUCUGGUUAAGUUUCAAUGACUUCAAACAAAGCAUGACUGAUUCUACAAAAGUACUCAAUGACUUCAGAGAGAGGUCUUUAGAAUAGUAGCUGUGUAAACAAAAUUGCCACUUAUUGCUAUAUUUUGUUUACUGGAUUACCUAUUGGGGUUACUGUACUGAACGAUAUUUCUUUACUAAAGUAUACAAAUGGAUUUAACUUACAAUG